AUGGGCUCAAUCUACAUCCCAACAACCCAAACAGUCGCCCUAGUCCGCGACCUCGGCGGCGAAGUCGAGUUCAAAACAGACUAUCCAGUCCCAACACCAGGCCGCAACGAAGUCCUCGCACAGGUUCUCUACACGGGAGUCUGCCAAAGCGAUCUGCACACUAAAUCCGGCACCGCAGCCGGACCAGACGGCAAUCCUAUAACAAAGAUCAAGUUACCUCACGUCGGUGGCCACGAAGGAAUCGGUCGGAUCAUCGCUCUGGGCCCGGAUAUCGAGCAUGGGGCUGGUCUGAAGGUUGGCGGACUUGUCGGAAUUCGAUUCUCGAGUCGUAUUUGUCGACGGUGCGAGUUUUGUCUUGCUGGUACGGAGCAGUAUUGCGUGGCGAGCACGAACCACCUGCAUCAUGAAGAUGGGAGCUUUCAGCAGUAUAUUGCGCUUGAUGCGGACUAUUUGACGCUUUUGCCGGAUGAUGUUGAUCCGAAGGUUAUGGGACCUGUGCUUUGUGCGGGAUUGACGGCUUAUAAGGCUGUGUUGAAUGCGAAUGUUCGCCCUGGGAGCUGGUUAGUGGUGGUUGGAGCGGGAGGUGGUCUUGGACAUCUGGCUGUGCAAUAUGCAAGGGCACAGGGGGCUCUCGUUAUUUGUGUUGAUACUGGCCCGGGCAAAGGAGAUUUUGUGAAAGGCCUGGGCGCACAGGAAUACAUUGACUUUGCUAUGGAGGAUCCAGUCAAAAGAGUCCAAGAAAUUACAGGACUGGGUGCGCAUGCAGCCAUUGUGACAGCAGGCAAUGCGAAGGCAUUUGCCCAUGCCUGUGACAUGCUGCGGGGUCUUCGAAUCACGGGAAACCUGGUUGGAUCAUUGAAGGAAUGCAUGGAGGCCGUCGAUCUCGUUCGACGCGGAAUAGUGAAACCUGUCAUCAAAGUCCGCCCGUUCAAGGAUCUACCGCAGGUGUACAAGGAGAUGGAGAGAGGUGAUAUUGCUGGCCGCAUCGUUCUCCAGCUCACAAAAUGA